AUGUCAGAGACAAAGAGCUCAGAGCCCAGCGCAGUGGAUGUUCAGAUGGUCGAGAAAACCCAGGGCUCUUCUCCUUCCGGGUCUGAGCUGGCCCGGGAGUUGCACCCAGACCCAGAGGAGAGAACAACGGCCAAGGCAUGGCUUUGCAUUGGGUUCCUUACUCUCUCGUUUGGUGGUCCUUUCUGGGCCACGCCAACCACCGCUGCCAUCUCCGCCCAGCUCCUGGGCCUCUUCGGCCAAAGCGAACUCUCUGCCUGGGUGAUCCCAUGCAUCACCACCGCCGCGACCGUCACCAUCCUCCUCUUCGGCGCAAACUCCGACCUCUUCGGCCGCCGUGCUUUCCUCCUCACCGCGUGUCUUUUUGGUGCCGUCGGCUACAUCAUCUGCGCCGUCGCCAAGUCCACCAACAUGCUCAUCGCCGGCCUUUGUCUGAACGGUGUCGCGUCGGGCAUGUCCGGCAUUGCGCUCAUCGCCGUACCGGAGCUGAUCGCCAACAAGUACCGCCACAUCGGCAUCGUCAUUGCGGACCUUGUCGUCUAUAUCUUCAUUGUUAUCGGGCCCAUUGUUGCGCGGUUCACUCUCCUCCAUGAUGAUGAUAGGUGGCGCUAUUUGUAUUGGGCUGGCUUUAUCAUGCAGGCCCUUGCUCUCGUCGGUCUUUUCAUCUUCUACCACCCCCCCAAGCACCCUCGUGGUAUCCCCUGGAUGGAGGCUCUCAAGGGCAUGGACUGGAUUGGCGGUGUCUUAUUCUCCAUCGGCGCCGUACUGAUCCUCGUCGGCAUUGUUUACACAUCCUAUCUCCCCGCCAAUGAUAUCAAGGUCAUAGUUUGCUUCGUCGUCGGCUUCGCCACCAUCAUCGCAUUCGGCCUCUGGGAGCAGUUUAGUAACGUCAGGUUCCCAUUGUGCCCCAGGGAUAUCUUUGCCAGCAAUAAGGGGCGCGAGUUUGCCGUUCCCUUCUGUCUCAGCUUUGUCGUUGUUGGAUACUUUUAUGGUGUUGCUGUCAUCUAUCCCACCAUGUUGAACGCCUUCUACGUCAAUGAAAAUACCUCCGUAUCCGAAGAACUUCUCCUCACCCUCCCGUCCAGCCUCCCUCUGGUCUUCGGCGCCUUCCUGCUGACGGCGUUCGGACGCAAGGUAGGCCACUGGAAGUGGUCCAUGACCGUUUCCGUCGUCUCCCUGGUGAUCUGGGGCAGUCUCCUCGCCCUGAUCACCCCGCACAACAAGGCCAUGAUGAUCUCCUUCGUCGCCAUGGCCCAGCUAUCGUACGGAUGGGCAGCCUACCUCGCCGUCACCUACACCCAGCUGGGCGUUCCGCAAGAAAUGCUGGGCAUCUCCGGCGGUCUCGCCGGAACGGCCCGGUACGCGGGAGGCGCCGUCGCCUCGGCCUGCUACUCCACCGCCAUCGCCAACGGCUUCGCGUCCAAGACCGCCGAGCUCGUCCCCAAGGCGGCUUUGGAGGCUGGUCUUCCCGAGGCGUCCCUGGAGGCAGUCGUCGCGGCCGCUGGCGGCGGUGCUAGGGCUCUCGCUGGCAUUCCUGGUGUUACGCCUGCUGUUAUUGAAGCGGUGGUAGACGCGAGCAAGUGGGCUUCUGCUAAUGGUCUUCGAAAUGCGGCCUUGGUUUCCAUGGCUUUCGGUCUUACAGGAGUUGUUCUGUGCCUGUUCCUUGAAGAUAUCGAGCCAAAGAUGACACCCAAGAUUGAGAUCUUCCUUGAGAAUGACAUUUUGGCAGAGAAGAACAAGUACCACUGA